AGGGAGGGACAGAGGUGGAGCUGAUGGCUACACCCCAGAGUGCUGCUCUGGGGUGAGGGUGCCCACGGAGGGCAUGCCUGGCCUGUAAACCUGGGGAGGUAAGAGCCCCUGUAGCCUUCCUCAGCUGGGGAUCCUGACAGCAGGGCCUCCUGGCCGGUGACUGACAUCCCUGCACAUUGGUUCCCCACUCCUACCUGCUCUCAGGGCUCUGGGUCAGUGCCUGCUCUGUCCUGUACCUGGCAGGUCUGAGGCCCCUGCCGCACCCUCAGGGCCGGCUGCAGCACCCUCCUGAGACUCGAGGCUAGGACAGAGCUACGCCCUCUGCAGCCACGGCCACCGCUCUGAGCUGUGUGGAAGCAUUUUGGAAUUGUGACCACAGCACAGUCCAGCAGGACAUGAACACACUGUGGGCUGGGGCUUCGGGCUACACUGUCUCUCCUUGAGGAAGGGCCCAAGGGCCAGGCUGGGUCUCCUGGGGGAGUCCCCUCCCCUGGACGCCCCCUCAGCGCUAUGGACAGUGGUCAAGCAGGCUUCUUCCUGCUGAUGUCCGGGAGGUCCCCUUGCUCACAGCCUUAGAACGGAGUCCACAUCUCACGCCCUGUCCCCUGUGCCCCCUGGGCAGGCAGGUAUCCAUGCUGGGCUUGGGGGUGGGCCAGGACAUCAGUAACUUGACCCUUUAGGAUGCUCAGAAACCUCAUUCCAGAUGCCAGUGGAAAGGUGGAAACCAGAUUCCACAAGCCCCGUCCAGCCCGCCCAACCCCCAGGCCUGAAAUGGGCCACACGAUGACACAGCACUCGGCUUCUCAGACAGGAGAGAUCGUUAAGGAGGCUGAGGUGCCGCAGGCUGCGCUGGGCGUCCCAGCCCGGGGGACAGGGGACAAUGGCCACACGCCUGUGGAGGAGGAGGUGGGGAGCAUCCCAGUGCCAGCACCGGGGCUCCUGCAGGUCACAGAGAGGAGGCAGCCUCUGAGCAGUGUCUCCUCUCUGGAGGUCCACUUCGACCUCCUGGACCUCACUGAGCUGACCGACAUGUCCGACCAGGAGCUGGCCGAGGUCUUUGCUGACUCGGACGACGAGAACCUCAACACCGAGUCCCCAGCAGGUCUGCACCCACUGCCCCGGGCUGGCUGCCUCCGCUCCCCUUCCUGGACGAGGACAAGGGCUGAGGAGAACCGCGAGAAGCAGCCCCUAGGCGACCCCGAGCGGCAGGCCACAGUCCUGGACACGUUUCUCACUGCGGAGAGGCCCCAAGAGGACUAGGCCAUCUCCACCUGCCCCAGGUCCUGCAGGGAUGGGGUCAGAACACCACGAUGGCAGAUCUGGGCAGUCCUGACCCAGCAGACACACGUUGCCCGCCCACGAGGCUCCAGCCGUCACCUCCUGACACACACCCUGGGGGCGGCUCUCUGCCCGCCCCAAGACCUGCCUUGUCUGCUGGGCACGAGUCUUCGCCUCACUUGGAGACCAGCCGGCUUUCCUGGGGGACAAACGGGGCCCCUGGAUGCCUCUGGGAGCCCCAGCACAAGCACAGCCCAGUGGCCUUACGUCCAGCUUGUUCCUGGGCCCUGCGUCAGGAAGGCAGCGUCACGGAGUCACUGCCGGGAACGUGGUGAGGAAUGGAGUGGCCCAUGGCAGCCUUGGGGGAAGGGGACCCAGGCCUGUGACAGCCACUCCAGGAACUCCUGGGGCUGCCCCAACCUCGCGUCUUCCUGUGCUACCAAGCUCAGAAGCCAGAGGCGGGUUUGGCUAAUGGGACAAUGUGCUGUCCAGCAAAGCACACGGAGAAGCGGCCCCAAAAUUCCCACCUUGAUUUCCAUCCUGCCCCUUCUUCUACUCCACGGAGGCGCUGUCUCACUAGGGUCCCCUCCCCAAGGCUCAGCUCUAAGACCUGCACCUGCUUCUCUUGGCCCCUGCGUGACAGACAAGCCCAUUCCCUCCUUAGCUCAGAACACCAAAUAUCACCAGACUGCCUCGGAGACUUGGUGACACCUCCCGGAAUGCUCUCGGGGUGGGGCUCACCUCUCCCUGUCCUGCACCCACUACGAGGCCACAUCCUCGUUUCUGCUCACAUCCCAUUGCCCGGCUACAUGGCCUGCCCACGGCCCUUAAACUUGCUGGGCAGGUUUGGGGCCCAUGGGACCCCGUGGGUCUGUGUCCGGGAGCAGCACAGGAGGUUGACAGGCCCUGCUCCCUCUGCUCUGGGGGUGUCUGGGGGCCCCAGCUCACGCCCUCCCAAUGCUUUUGUGCUGAAGCUCACAGAAUGGGCUUCUUGCCUGACAGCAAGUCAAAGAAUGAGUUUAAUAUCAAAGUGUAAGCUUACUUUCCAUCCCCAAGCCAACCUGCCCCCUGCCCCAUUUCCCAUGAGCACACUUCUGGGGAAGGGAAACAGGCUCCUGGCCUUCACUGUCAGCAGAGCUUUGGAGAUGCCCCAGGCAUGCCCUGAGCUCCUUCUGUGUACGGGACUUUAGAGGCGGCACCUGCUCCCACUUCUGAGCCACCCGCUGCCCUUCAGCACUGCUGGCGAACCCAGUUCCUGCCUCAGCCAGGUCUCCUUCCCUGGUUUCCAGUCACACAGAGCCCAGCAGCUUUCUCUUUUCAGUCCCAUAAAGGCAGCCUUGUGUCCCUGGCCACACCUCCACCCGCCAGGGUCUUCCUCCCCAUCUUCCAUCCUUCCUGCUGAGCUUCCACAGAGCUCGUUUGCAAACAGUGGGAUUAAAGCAUCACUGCGCAUUCAAA